ACAUGUCCUUCUAACGUGAACUUAGCACAUCCGGACACGAACAUUUUUGCAACUCAUCCAUGUAUCCUGUAUACCGAACGCCCCUCCCGUCUGAGAAAAAGUGGACUCGUCCGGCAGUCCUGACAGAAAAAGUCGUCCCACGUUGACAUCAAUCACUACCGGGUGCCACCAGGUGAGACCGCGGCGGUGUCACCCUCGUGUUACACCUUGUGCACAACCGCCUGUCUUGUCUUCAACUUCCUCAAGACGACUUGUGAGGAGUUUUCACACUUCGUUACAGCGACCCGUGGUGACAGGGACCAGGAUGGGGUGAACAUGACGUCAUCAGGCGACCUGCUGACAGAAUUUCACUUCCUGAUCUGCAGACUCUGCAACCAGCCCCUCCACCAUCCCAGAAUCCUCCACUGCUGGCACUACUUCUGCCUCCACUGUAUCGGCGGCCAUCUUCGAUCGAACGACUCCGUCCAGUGUCCCGUGUGUGACGUCAAAACUCUCCUGCAUAACGAGGGACUGGGCGGGCUCACGCACAAGGCCGGAGGUUUACUGACACGGCUGUCAGAGACUUGGAAAUAUAUUUCUGAGAGCGAUUUGGAGACAGAAAUACGUCAUCAUUGUCACUACCUCGCCAAAACUAUCCCGGAUCCUUUGCAGUGUCUUGUCCCCUCCACACGGGUUUGUCAGAGUUGUGAGGAGUACAUGUGCGAGGACUGCUCUCCGUUACACCUGAUAGAAAUGCAUUCGCAACAGUAUUAUCUUUGCAAGCGGCACGGCGAGCCAGAGUUAGCUUUUUGUGAGGACUGUCGUGUCGUGGCUUGUUUCAUCUGCACUAGGGAGGAACACCUGUAUCACGAUACGUGGGGACUAGUGGAGAAGGCAGAGCGCUACAAGUCAGAGGUGAAAGAGUUGAUUGACAAGUGCAGAAACAGACGAUGGCGCGUGGAGGACAACCUGGAAGCAAACGUCAGAAAAACCAAGAGCGAAAUCCAAAAUGAAGCGAAAAAAGCGCUGGAAGUUUUGACGAAAAUGAUCAAGCAGAGAGAGGGGGAGUUGCUCGGGCAAGUAGACCAGUUUGCCAUGGAAAUGUGGAUCAAGAUACAUCGAGAGAAGCAGAAUUCUGAUCCCCAAACUGAAAAGUACGACGGGCUUGUCACGCUUGGAGAAAGCCUGCUGGAUUUUGGGAGCAGCCAGGAGAUCGUCACUACCCAUCAGCACUUGCGGUACCGCCUGUCGGGGGCCAUCGCAGAACAGUCGCCUCUGCAAGUUCCAGAAUUGUUGCGAAAGGAAAUCUCUUUCAUCCCAGCCGAUCCCCGAACUAUCGAAGAGGAAGAACUCCUCGGCAAUCUCAAUUUUUCAGCGGAAAGCGAUCAGGAACGGAUGCGGGAAGAUAGCUCGACAUCGGAGGAAGCAGAAUCACGUGAUGAUCAGAUGGAGUCACGUGACGAUCACGUGAUCCCCUCGUGGGUUUCCGCGGAAUCUGGCGAGGUUUCUACAGAAUCUCCCAUUGAAGAGGUUCCCGUCCGCAAGCGCAAGAUGAGUCUGAUGGAAAACAUUCUCAAAAUAGGACGUGAGUUCGAACGCAGACGAUCCCUGGAUACAAUUCUUGACGAUGAUGAAAACAAGGACAGUGAAGAUGCCAAAGACACAUAUUCCGAACCGCUUUCACCAUCGUCUAAGAAAAGACACAAAAGUGCUGAUGAUACCCUGGCUUUUAGAAACACGGAAGAAGAACAGACAGAGAACGAGAAGAAAACAAAGAACAGAACAAGAAAAAUGAGUCUACCGGCGAUAAGUCUCCACAGAUCUAUGGAAUCCUUGACAACAGGGAAGAACAAAGACCGUGUCACGUCUUCCGGUAAACUUGGCAACGGUAAGGAAAAACGAUUCUCUGUCUUCAGCUUAAGCUGGAACAGACAAGAGGCGUCGAUUGCCGAGGACGUCUUGGAAGCUCAAGAUGAAGAACCAGCCGAAGAUAAUAAGACUUUAGAACCUAAGUUAAGCAGCAGCAGUUUGGGCAGCCUGCUUGACAGUGGAUCAGGCAGGGAGGAUGAAGACGAUGAUGAUGAAGAAGAAGACGAUACAAAAAAUGAGAAAGGAAAUACCAAGAAACCAAGAUUCAAAGUGAAGAAUCUAAUGAAGAAAGCAAAGAGCACACUGAGUCUUCUACCUGUGGCAAACACCGAAGCAAACGAGAAGGAGCCAGGCGGGUGGAAUGACACGCUACGCCGUAAGAAGUCGAGCGGUGACUCCAGCCUCAAUGGGUCCAUGACAUUCAGCGAUGUCGGGGACACGAAUGACGUCUACGAUGGGAGUCGCAAGAGGUACAGCGUGACAAGCACGGGAUCCAGUGCUACCAUCACAUCCACGGGGAGCGAGGGCGAGAGGACAUUUACAGGAGCUGAUGUCAACCUGGAUGGCGCCUCCUCGUCCUCGUCAGAGAAUCGGAAGAAACGCGAUCCCAAGAAGUGGAUGAGUAAGAGAAGAGCAGACAUCAAACAUUUCAGCAGACGAAUCAGCGUUGACUUGACAAACUCCUUGAAAGCUUGGAAGGCGCAAGAAGAAGACGAUGAGGAAGACGAGCAACGUGUCCAUCCCUGGGACGAACUUCCCGCCAAACGGCACGACUCUGAUUUGGAGAAAGUCUCAGAGGUAAACGCUGGGGACUCAGGUGACCCGUAUGAGACGUUAAACGGCGGCGGUGGCAGCCAAAAUGGCGUCAACGGUCGAGUAAAACACCGUAGGGUGACGUUUGACGACAUCAGUGCCAAUCUGCGGGAAAUGAACAUCCAAUCAGAAAGCGACGAUAGCGAAGCCGAGAUGAAGCAGUCGGCAACCGAAGUUUCUCGAUCUCUGCCGAACAUAGACGAAUCCGACCGAGACGACCCGAAACUUUCCGACGACGACGAACGGACGGACGAGGAUGAUAUUAUUGAUGGUAACGCCUUGAAUGGCUCGGCGACAUACAUCCCCGCUACUAGAGCCACAAAAUACGUGCCUCGGAAAUGGUCCCGAUUUAAAGCUAACUUCAGCCCACAGAAAAACGAGAGGAAAUCGUUGGAAUCGGAGAACGCGGAACGCCCAAACUACUACCGCGGCCGGAGAUUCAGCAUGUUUUAGAAACACAGACAAAAUGUUGUUUACGGAUUUCUACUAUCAAACUUAUUAUUGUCUCCACAGGUAGCAUUAUAAACACAGUUUAGAUUAAAAUAUCGAGAAAAAUAAUAUUCAACUUGAACGAUAGAAGUAUAAGCUAUCGUAUGGAUGUAAGUGUCGUAUAAUAGCAUUGUUUCUUAUAUUGUUUUGUGACAUUCAGAUUCAUUUUGAAUAUCAGCGGUACACAAUGCUGAAUGUAACAUGAAUACGUCUGUAUACGGAGCUGAAUUUUUAUUUCUGCUGAUCGUAUCUUAUUUAUGGACGGAUAGAACAGGAUAUCAAGUUAUAAAUAUCAAAAUCAAAAACAUCAUUUUGUAUAGGUCACCAAAAUUGACACAAUAUUACACAAAAAGCGGAUUAUAUCCUAGAGUCAUAUUACUUCAAGGAUGCUUAUUUUACACCAAAGUUACGUUUGCAUUCAAUAGAAAAUCCACGAACGACUAUUAUAUUGAUGUCGGACUAUUCCAUUUUAAACGACAGAGAGGGGAAAUUAAGCAAUUUUUUUAUUCUUAUCUCUUCCAAUUCAGAUGACAUAUUCUUGCAUCAAAGUACCAUACCGUUAUUUUGGACAUAGCCCACCCCUAACAAUUUAAACUAGAUCUUUGUAGCUUAAUGUUCAAUACUGCACUAAGGUUAGUUCGAUCGUUGUCAUUUGUGAGGAUUAUGUAAGAAAGAAUAACUUAUGUGUAAGUCAUUGUGCCUUUUCAGUAAGUCCAUGUGACAUUGUAUGCAGUUAUUUGAGUAUAUUGUAUGCAGUUGUUUUAGUAAAUGUAUAUCGUGUUAUCCUUUAUACGGCGCUUUUUGGAUGCACAGAGCCGCGAUUUCAUAGAGUAAAGUUUGAGAAGAGAUUUAAUAUUAAGGGUUAGAUUUGUAGUCAACGUGUGGCAACUGAUGACAGGAAUCAUGUUACAAAUCGUAUUUGUAUGUUGAGUUAUCAUAUAGAUAAUCAAGUUUAUUGCAAAGUCUUGCCCGUGGGCUAAUUGCAGGUAACAUAGAUUCAAACAGUGUAAAAUACAAUAACACAAGUGU